CGGCUUGGCCUAGUGUUGAUCACAAACAGUCGCCGUCGUACUACAGAUACAUAGUAGUAUCAAACUGAUAACGGGCGUGUUUUCAGGACGCCGGAACUUUCGAAAUCACGCCGGAAACACACGCUUCAAACAAUCGUAUCAUGUGCUCGGCUUGAAGCGGUCCAUCGAAAUAGAUAGCGAGACUAGGGCGGAACUGCUCGUCGACCAUGUCGUCCUGGAAGUAUCGAGCUCGUCAGCCAGAGACGUUUGCAAGGGAUGAAGGCUGGAAACGACGAGACAAUGUUCGAAACGAAACGGAAAGACGCAGCGAGGUAGAUAUAGAACGAAAGUCUGCAGACGAUAGGCGGGACGAUCGCGAUCCAGUAAUCCCGGUCACGACUCGAUAUGGUCAAAAGACGGAAGCGGAGAGCAGCACACGUGAACGUCAGUAUGCACCUGGUUCGGGCAAGUGGGACGAUCGAUGGAAUCAACGGCAAGAAAGGGCCGCUGUUACGUCUCAUACUAGGCAGUCGAGAGGAGAUGAUCGUGCUGACACGAGAAGAGGUCCGGACCGAUCUAGGCGGUCAACCCGAUCAGCUUCGCCCGAUUACAAGGGCGAGUACAGCAGAAAGGGAAAAGAGCGAUCAGAUCGCCAGCAAGACUCGCCGCAGCAGCGCACUCCAUCACCUGAACCCGUCAGAGAUCGCAAUGGCGAUGUCCACCUCUCGAACCAUGCGGGAAGGGACGAUCAGCCUCAUUCUGCGUCUAGCGUCGAUGCCGGUCAGUCAUACGGGACGCGGUCGAUACCACAGGAGAGAAGGCGAGAAAAUUUUGACGUGGACGCAAGGGAACGUCGCGACGCGAGACCGUACUCGAACGACCAGUCAAGAGGUGAUUCUGGUGAUCAGUAUGACCGUCGGAGAGAACAAUACGCUACAAGUAGUUCUCGAGGACAGUUCACACGGGACGAACGGGAUUAUCGACCUGCAGCGGUUCAAGAUCGAAGGAAUCGCCCGAAAUCGUUGACUCUGGAUGAUGAACAUGCUGCAAGCGGCUCAACACAGAGUCCGUUGAAACGCAAUGCAGGUCAGGAAGGUUAUGAGGGGUCCAGGAAGCGUCAACGCCGUUCGCCCUCUCCUA